AUGGAGCUUUUACGCUUUAUGUACAAUGGAAAGUUGAGACCAACAACCGAGUCCAGUCUUCUGGUUGAUAUCUUGAUGGCUGCUGACAAAUUUGAUAUCGUUUCACGCAUCAAGCUUUGCACUCAGCGGCUCAUAGGCCAGCCUAUGACCCUUGAAUGUGCAGUGAGGUGCCUAGAUCUCCCAUGUUCCAUUUCAAUGGCAGCUGACCUAUCAGAGGCAGCCAAGAAAUUCCUUUCUGAAAGAUACGAGAAAUUCCUGUUAACAAAGUUCCAAGAUGAAUUGAUGACGAUUCCUCUCACUGGGAUUGUAGCCAUCUUAUCAAGGAAUCACCCUGGGGUUGCAUCUGAAGAAUCCGUCUAUGACUUCGUGCUCAGGUGGGCCCAUUUGCAGUACCCAAAUUCAGAAGAAAGACACAAGAUUUUGAGCUCAAGUUUACUUCCACUGGUGACACUAGGGCGUAUCAUGACCAUUGCCAUCCUAACUGACCAGUCAUCUUGCGUAAUUAACUUUAGUAUAAAGCAUGAGCACUGCCGCGGGCUCUUCCCAUCAAGAUCGAUACGCUCGCCACCAUUCUAUUGUGCAGGGCAUGGUUUCUUCCUCUCGGCGCUCGCUAAAACUGAGCCAUUCAACUUUUUUGGUCUCUUAAUAAAGAAGCUAGAAGGCAAUGGCCCACUAAGGGGGACAAUAGAUUAUGAGAUGGAGGUAACGGCAAGGCGGUCGUCGGAGUUUGCCUCCAUAUCGAGGCGCACCACCACCACCGACAUUAGACAAGCUUUUGGAUGCAGGAUUCCUUGGUCGGAGAUCAGUGCUGAUGAUAGCCCCUUCUUUGUCGACGACAAUCUCCAUCUGCGAGUUCGCAUCAAGAUUACGCCGCAGCCAUAG